AUGGGUUUCUCAGAUGGUGAUCACGAAAUCGAUCCAAGAGCAGAUGGAGCAUCGAAUGAAGGUCCUGAAGGACCGCCAGGUCCUAAAGGUGACACUGGCGCUACUGGCGCACAAGGCCCGCAAGGUCCUAAAGGUGACAAAGGCGCUACUGGCGCUACUGGUCCGAGAGGUGUAAAGGGAGACAAAGGCGACACCGGCUCGCAAGGUCUGCGAGGUCCGCAAGGUCCUAAAGGCGACACAGGUCCACAAGGUGCUAAAGGUGACACCGGCUCGCAAGGUCCUAAAGGCGACACCGGCUCGCAAGGUCCUAAAGGUGACACAGGUCCACAAGGCCCUAAAGGAGACGCUGGUCCACAAGGUUCACGCGGAGCCAAAGGUGACAAAGGUGACAAAGGUGACAAAGGUGACAAAGGCGACACCGGUCCGCAAGGCUUGCAAGGCUCUGCCGGUCCGAGAGGGUCUACAGGUCCAAGAGGUUUACAAGGAGUGAAAGGUGAUAAAGGUGACAAAGGCGACACCGGCCCCGCCGGACCUCAAGGUCCGCAAGGCCCCGCCGGUUCAUCAGCGUCAGGUAGUAACAUCGAUCUCACAGAUUUGAAGAAGAAAAUAACUUUCACAAGCACACAUGGAGCCGAUAGACAGGUUACAGGUCUAAGCGAUCAACCACUCAAUGGCACCGCCGCUAUAAACGAAAACAAACUAAACACCGAACUCGCGAAGAAAGCUGAUACAUCGACUGUUUUGAACGGUUUGAGCGGUAAAGUUGAUACAUCAACAUUCAACACUGAGCUUGCUAAGAAGCUAGACUCAUCAGAUCUUUCAAACUACCUCGACAAAACAAAGGGUGGAGAUCUGAGUAAAGCUUUGAAAUUUGUCAGUUCUCACGGAGCUGAUAGACAGAUCAGCGGUCUAUCCGAUCAACCGCUUAACGGCAAUAAUACUUGUAAUGAGCUUGCUUUUAGUUACCUUUAG